GAUGAUGGACUGUCUUUAAUUCAUAUGUUCAGAAAGAUUAAAGAAACAUUUAUCUGAGUUUGAACACACUGUCAACAUUGUAAGAUGAGAAGAAUGAGGAUGUGGGGUAUGGUGGCAGAUAUGAUGGUGACUUUGUUAGGAUUGGGAAGUUAAGGCAGCGAAGGAGCGAAGAAAUGUACAAAUGUGUUUAAGAGGACAAACUGCUCAGCCACAAUGAGGCUUUAGUUGCUGGCUCGACGAUUAAACAUCAAUACCCACCCCACCCCGACUUUAGGUCCAACUUUUCCUGUGCACAAUAAAUGUUUAAAGCAGCAGCAUGUUAUAAAGUGUGGUCUAGGUGUUCGGCACUACAGUAUUUUCUGUACUUUGCUUCCAUUUACGAUAACAGACAAGGAGAGCAGGCUUAUCACUCUUCCUUCAGGAAAUUGCUGUUUGUUUGUUUUUUGUUGUUGUUGGUUUUUUUUUUUUCUCGUUCGUUUGACAAUGUCGUCGAGGAUAUAAACGAAAUAACAAUAGCAACGUUUUCUCAAAGAUUAUUUUAACUUCACAUUCCAAGGUUUCUUUUUCAACCGGUGAAAGCUGAAACCUGUUCUCUUCAGAUCCUAGAGAAUCCUUAAACUAAGCCCAAAGGCUAAGUCAACAUUCCGUGCAUGGCUUGUGUAGAAUUAAUGAUUUAGUGUAUAUGCUCAAGAUGGCCGACUUGAAACUGUCAGCUAUGUGUAUUGAUCUCGGGGAUGAAUUGCUGACGGCCCUUAGAGUCGAUAUCCAUCAGCUCGAUUACAUUUCAAUGCAUGAAAUUUAAAACACUCUUCCUUCACCUUUCUUGGUCUGUCUGCUUUAUAGUUGUAUAAAAUCGCAAACCAUGAUUUUUUGUGAGAGUAACAAGGGGAGGGAAGUUCCGUCGUCUGCCAGUCACGAUUAACUCCCACUAGUACACAGCUACCUGCAGGUAGUUAACACAGCCGAUAUCAUUCCGACCUCUGACCUUUUAGCAAAAGACGUUAAGAUUCAAUAACUCUGACUAUCGAUCCAUGUUUUAACCACAGCUCAGAUCGCUGAACAGAACAUAAGGGAAAAUUGGAGAGGAGUGAGCAGACGACUCAAUUUCUCCAAGGCGCAUGCGCAGUAAGAUACUGGAGUUGACUUCAGGGCGCUUCCGAAGGACGAUCCAGGGUUGGUCAUAGAGAAUUGUGUGCCAGUCUUUGACUCAUAAUCAUCCACUGGUUUAGCUUAUGUGUCAGGUGACUUACUGCACGUGCUCACAAUAUCUGCGUACAUUACUUCCAGCCUCUGUGUCAUGCAGUCAAAUCAGCGCUUCUAAUAAAAGUCAGCUUUUAUCGAACUUGUCGUCACGUCGUCUUGACUCAUCAACGGGCGCGAAUGGCGCAGCGGACAAGGGCGGCGACUUGGCAGCGGUUCCAGACCCUGACCCUGUCAUGCGGGGUGAAGCUGUGCUGCGUCAUGUUGGUGCUGUGCUGCAGCGACUGCACUGCCCUGCCAUUCGGUAGACACCUGCUGUUGCGGAGCGAGGAGAGGACUGCUCGAGACAAGCGUCAAAGUAUGGCGCGGUGGUCGCAGUGGUACAACACCGACAGGCCUUGGAAUGGCGAAGGAGACUUUGAGACGGUUGAUCAGAUACAGCAACGUCAACAGAUUUGUCCUUUUGGUCAAGAAGUUUCCUCGUGCCAGUGUCGAGUGACCCAAAGUACCGACAUCUUCGAUUGCUACACCUACAACCGCAGUCAGGUGGACAUCCUGUUUCAGCCGUGCACCAAGUUUGGUAUCAUUUGUCUUAACAGACAACAACCUGGGGGCCGGCAGUGCCAAGACUACGAACUUCGAUUUCUCUGCACAGAUAUUCCCGAUGACAGCCCAGGCGGUAGUUCGUACCUUCUCAGUUUCGACCUAAAGGUCUACAUCAUCUUAGCAGCCGUUCCUCUCAUGAUCUUUGCCCUGCGCAUCCUGUGGUUCUGCAUACGACGAUGCCAGCGCAAACAGCAACAACGACACAGGCGCGAGAGCAACGUCAGCGACUCCACGGCUUCCUCCAGCUACAACGAAGACGAGGCUUUCACGUCAUCGUUGGCCAACCCACCACCAUCUUACUCGGACCUGUUUGGACAAAAUCCUCCUCAGGUGUUCGCGAUAUCCACCGGGAUCGUUGGUGAAUGUAGUCUGUGCCGGCAUAGGGGAACAGCUCUUGUGAACCUCGAAAAUCCGAGACCGACAUCUCGUGCCGAUGACUCUCAGAGAGUUAUCCCUCCAUCUGGUGAUACUGGAGAUGAAGUGUUAGCUGCCCCUGCGCCGGGAGAUUCACCACAAUCUUCACAGUCGCUUCGGACUACGUUAGAUAGGACAGAGAAUGUUCCGGAUAACACUCCUACAACAGCUUCACCGGAAGAAAGGAACACCCCGCAGGUGGAUUUUAGCCACUUUGCGUGCGCAUGCCCGUGCCACACUUUCCAGUUCAUCACUUCCGGGCAGGACAACCCUGCGUUUGCCGCGGACUGUGAGCCCAAGCUCGGUCCGGGAAUGCACAAGCCAGUGUUUUCGUUUUUUCGAGUGGACACUUCAGCUUCUUUUCUUUCGGUCACAGAAAGUUUGCCGGACUAUGAGCAGGCGUUGCAACUUUUAAACGAGGGAAGUCAAUGCUCUCCGCUUGGGGAGGAGAGACGGCAAAUAGACUGAACUAACCUUUGUACCCUUCGAAAUUCCGUCUCCCCUCGUGGGGAACUCUUGAUGUAGGACAAUCAUGACCUCGAAUAAGUGGAAUUCCAGUGUACACUGCAGGUGCGCAUGUGUUCGUGUGUAUGUCUGAGGCGUUAUUGUGCGAGAGUAUUCCAAAACCUUCAUCAGAAGGUAUUGAAAUGAAUGCGAUAAUUAUAUUACACUAUACAAUUAUAUAUUACUAAUUAUGUUUCUAUAAUCAAAUAUAUUACCACGUAACUUGGCAACAAGUUAAGGAGUCUAACAAUGUUUUUGCAUAAUUUUUCAAAACUAGUAUUGUCUCUGUUGCAAUCAGUUACUUGCGUGUAAAGCAUUUAUAAGGUUUGAAGUGCCUGUUAUUGCCGCAUAAACAAAAUACAAAAGAAUAAAAACUAAUCAAAAUGCAAUGACAAUAGGAGAUAUUUGAGGUAAAAUGUCUUGGACAUUCUUCGUGAAAAGCGAGGAAAAGAAACUAUUUUACGUCCAUGUACAGUAAAUGUUGUGCUUCAAUUGGGUGUGAUUGAUUCAGACGAAGGUUAAAGACAGCCUGGGAAUUUUACUCCCUUGCUUUGACCACUGUGAUAUAUGGUGCUUGUUAUUAAAAUUUGUAAAGCUACACAUAAAUAUUUACUUACUGCAA